AAUUUUUCUAAAUUUAGCAGAUAUGUUGAAAUAACUGAUCGGUAACAUGACUUGAAAAGUUGUAGAACACAACAACGAUUUUGUUGCCCUUGAUCGGGCGCCGUUUGAGUAUAAAGAGAAGGUAAACAACUGGAAAAAUAAAAGAUGGCUGAAGAAGGACAGUAUGGUAACUAUAGAAACAACAGACAAGCCGCGUCAUAUCAGCAACAAUAUACAUCGGAUAACAACGUAAACACUGGUUAUUCAACGUAUUCAUUUACAGACCAGGGAACUAGUUAUUACCCUCAAAAUUUUCAACAAGGUUUCUACCAACAACCGUAUUUUGAUCCAAAUUACUAUGGAUAUAGUCAGGAGGAGCAAUUCUAUUAUGAUCCCACUUUAAACGGAUAUAACCAAUCAUCAUUUGAGGCAUCAAAUGGUGCUGCCAACUAUACAGAAUAUGGCAGCUAUCAAGAAAAUUGGAACAAUCAAAAUCAGGAACCAAGUCAACCUCAAUCCAAGUCAUAUCGUAACAAUAGAUAUCGUACCCGGCGUGGUGGACAAAAUGCUUCAAAUCAAAAUAGCAUGUCUUCAGGAAGUGGUCAAAGCACUUCCAACACGGUAGAGGCAAACUCCACUAAUGAAAGACUUGCAUCUGGUGGUGAAAACAAACAAAAGGAAGCUACCAUUUCCUCAAAAUCCAAAUGGGACAACAGUUCUUUGUACCAGCAUCGUACCAAUAAAAAAUCAUCCAACUAUGCCGGUUAUAGACCUCAGGAAUUUGGAGCGGGAUCAGCAAAAGGCAAUAGAGGUUACACUGACAAGACUGGAAGAUCAGAUUCAGAUAAUAACAGGAAGGGGAAUAACUUAAAAACUAAGGAAGGUGAUGAAGAAAAUGAACCACCCACCACGAAGUCCAAGUCAUACAGAAAUAAGAAAAAAGUUACGGAUGACAGUGAAGCUACAGAUCAGAGAAGUAGGUAUUGA